UGUUAACAUACUUCAGUGAGAGGCCGCUGUAAAAAUAUUUACUUUCUGCGUUUAUUUUCUUAGAUGCCGGACAAUCUCUUCCUGCCCGCGAGCUACAUCGUGAUGGUGGAAUCCGAACCCGACCUCACCACCUUCGAAAACAAAUCCGGCCUGGCUGAAGACAUGAAGUUCCUUGCGUCCAUGCCGGAACUUUGUGACGUCACUUUCCUCGUCGGAGACACCAGAGAACCCGUCUGCGCCGUCAAGGCCGUCCUUGCUGCCCGAUCCCGAGUUUUCCAUAAGAUGCUGUAUCAGGCUCCCAGUCCCCAGAGAAAAAAGGAACCCCCAACAAGAGAAAAUAAGCUCCGACUCUUUCUGAAGAGAUCUUCAGAACCCCUGUUAAAUUUGCAAAACACAUCUCAACAACCACCAGCUCAACAACACCAAACUCUUAUCAUCGAAGAGUUUGAACCUGAUGUCUUUCGCCAAUUGAUUGAGUAUAUACACACAGGAUGCGUCACUUUGCAGCCAAGAACACUUUUGGGUAAGUUAUUAGGAUGUGGACUAAUACACCGAUGAAAAGCCUGUUCUGGAUUUGUACAAUGCUGCAUAAAUGUGGAUACAGUUUGCGCUCUACUGGCCUCGGCUGAGCGAUACAUCCAGUACAAAUGCACUAAAUCUUUAGUACAAAAGGUGUUAGAAUUUGUGGAUGAACACGGAAACGAAGUUUUGAAUUUGGGAUCCUUCACUCUUCUUCCUCAACAUGUUGUCAGGCUCAUUUUGGCUAGAGAAGAACUUCAAGCAGAUGAAUUUACGAAAUUUCAAGCAGCACUGAUGUGGGGUAAGAAAUUUUGUGACGGUAACCCCAACACCAGCAUAAAAGAGGUGAUCGGAAACUUUUUGGAGUACAUCCAGUUUCACAAGAUUCCCGCCAAUGUAUUGAUGAGAGAAAUCCAUCCGCUAGGUUUGGUUCCGUAUGGCCUGUUAAUGAAUGCGCUAGCAUACCAGGCAGACCCAGCAAGUAUCGACCCCGGAAAACUCUCACCAAAUCGCAUAAGAAGGCAAGGCCAGGGCCGAUCGAUGUCAGUGCAGAGCUCCGUGGAUCCCUACGGAUCCAACACGACGUUGAGCAGUAGCGAAUCCAGCGAGCUAGCUUCUUCGGACGGAAAACAUUCCUCCAACUAACAUAAGGCCACUGCUGCGCCUCAUCCCCCGCCACAGUCAAUACCCCCCUCUCCGAAGCACCAGCCCCAGCCGCCUCCCACAGUCACGAUAUCCUCUUCCUCUCCCUCUUCUACGCCGCAUUCAUCGCCCGCUCACUCGUUUACUUUCACUAUCGUUUUGAAGAAGGUCACCCCCAAAGAGUAGGUGAAUCGGUCUCGAGUUCAUGGACGGGAAAAAGAGGGUGGUAGACCUGUAGACUAAAGCUCCUUCUUCAAUAUCGGCCAACACGGGGAAAUACGGGUGAACAUGUCGAGGGCGUAUUUGCGUAUUGGCGACCAUCAUUUCCCAUGUUGAAGGACGCGAUGGGCUCCAAGACUGGGGCCAUGAUGACGUGCGUGUCGUCAUAGUCGCACAACACACAAUAGUUGUAGCAAUCAUAGGAUAACAUGUAUAUGCCUGUGUUGGCCUAUAGUUGAGAGGAAGCUUAAGAGCCAGUGGACGACAGACUGAACAUAUGGAGCCACACUUAGCUCAAAAACGGUGGCUACGGCGUCUCUCAGGGGAGACAGAUAUAAAAAUUGAACUGAUUUAUAAAUUAUUUCAGGAGAACCGCCAAUCAGGAAUCUCCAAGUAUAAUAUCAUGAUUAUGAAAUAAUGAUAAUGGCAGACGAUUAUGGCGGACAUGAGGUACAGGCAGAAGCGCUUGAAAAUGCCAUAUAGAGUUAAAUUUCAGACAGAAAUUGUAACUUUUAUUAUUAUGUUAUAAUGCGCCAUUUUCCCCAUCAUCUACCUUGCGAAAAUGAAUAAAUAUGUUCAAAUAAUCAUAUCAGUUUUCAUAUGUUACCGGAAAAAAUGUCAGCACUAACGUAACGUCUCAUGAAGAACAAGCGAAAACAAGCCUUGAUGAUGUCAUCUGAGAACCGCGUAUGUUGUUUUCAGUUGUUCGACGUUUCGGCGUCGACUUUGAAGCCUUUUUUGAGAAGGAAUGACCACACUGAGGUCUCAAUCUGCCUACUCCCCAAGUAGUGACAUGCUAUAAAGAUUUUGUGACUUGUCGCCGGGGUCUCAAUCUGCCUACUUCCAAGCGUUGACUGGA